AUGUCGGACGAUAUUGCAGCGAAGUUCACAGAGGCAGAAAUCGUUCCCGAUGUGCUGUCGACGGCGCCGACGAAAAAGCUUACGAUAAACUAUCCUGGAAAGCCAGAAAUCGAGGCCGGAUCCACGAUGCACGUUUUGGAUGUGCGACACGCGCCAAAAGUCACAUAUCCUGGAACCGAAGGAUCUUAUUACACGUUAAUCAUGAUAGAUCCGGACAACCUGAGCCGAACAAAUCCGAGUCAAAGAGAAUGGCUAAACUGGAUUGUGAUAAACAUACCAGCGGACGCAAUUGCCGAAGGCAUGAUGUCGCGACAUCUGGUUGGAUAUAUGGGACCGUCCCCGCAACCUCGAACAGGAUUGCAUCGCGUCGUCUUUCUGUUGUUCGAGCACGUCAAAAGGAAACUGAAUCAGCCGGCCAUAAAAGCCAGGAGCAAGUUCAGCGUCAAGGCUUUUAUGGAAAAGCACGAACUCGGUAGCAAACCCGUUGCGUCUCUCUAA